GAUUUGACAUUUCGGCAGCCUCUCGAAGUUUUUACAAAAUUCUCGGUCUGCAAAAUACUUUGUGACACACGCUUGAUUUUCUAGUUUUAUUCCGACAAAAUUGUCCGGGUAUUUUAUAUUAAAUGUCAGAGCCUCAAUCUUCACUAUUACUAAAAAAGCAAUUAGCUGAGCUGAAUAAAAAUCCUGUGGAGGGAUUUUCAGCUGGAUUAAUUGAUGAAAAUGACAUCUUUCGAUGGGAAGUACUUAUUAUUGGACCUCCGGACACACUUUACGAGGGUGGAUUCUUUAAGGCCCACCUGUACUUCCCGAAAGAGUAUCCGUUGCGGCCGCCGCGUAUGAAAUUCGUAACGGAAAUUUGGCAUCCAAAUAUUGAGAAGAAUGGUGAUGUUUGCAUAAGUAUCCUCCACGAGCCAGGCGAUGACAAAUGGGGCUAUGAGAAGGCAUCGGAGCGCUGGCUGCCAGUUCAUACAGUUGAAACAAUUCUCAUAUCUGUAAUAUCAAUGUUGGCUGAUCCAAAUGACGAGUCCCCAGCAAAUGUAGAUGCGGCCAAAGAGUGGCGAGAGGCGUAUCCGGAAUUCAAAAGGAAAGUGGCUAGAUGUGUCCGAAAAUCGCAAGAGGAUAGCUCGUAGGAAUUUAUUGAAAUACUAAUAUUUUGAAUAUACAACAACAAUUUAUGGAUAUGAGAAAGAAGAUGGUGAAAAAAAGAGAAAACAAUGAGAUGAAAUAAUAAAAAAAGAAGAUAAAGAAAAAACGAGAUGAGAAUAUUGCUACUAUUAUUGUAUUAUUAUUAAUUAUAUUAUUAUAGAAAUGCAGAAAAAAAAUUACUCUAAUAAAAAAUUUUUUGAUGAAAGAAAAAAAACAUCAAUAGAAGAAAAAUAAAAAAAACAAUAGUAAUAUACAUAUAAUAAUAAUAGUAAUAAUGUAAAAGCAAGAAUAUAAAAAAAAUGAGAGAAAAUCAUCUGUAAAGCUUGGAUUUGUCUUAAAAGAAAAAAAAUGAAAAACUUAAAAAAAAUACAAUAAUUCUAAGGUAAUAUACAUAAAAAAAGGAAAGAUUUUAGUUUGAAGACCUUGGACGUGAAAUGUGCAAACAAAUUGUGUCUGCUAUGAUCUCGGUUGAAGGCAGAUUUUCUUUUUAGAAAUAUUUUCUUUUUUUUUCAAAUAUAUAAAAAAAAUCUAAAUAAGUUUCUCAAAGUUCCGGACACAAUUUUUCAACUUUAUUUUUUUGUGCUUACAACUAAACAGCAAUAUCUCCGGAUCCUAUUAUAGCUUUUCCUAAUUCAUUCUUUUUCUCAAUACGUUGAGAAUAAAAUACUUUGCAUUUCUUGCUUAAAAAAAAAAAGUAAAAAUAUUCGCUCUCAAACCACCAAAAUGAGAUACCAAGGAUUCGGAGAUGGCAAAAACUGUACCAAUUUAUUACAAUUCCAAACAUCUUCUUUCUUGCAGAAUUUUGUGUUUUCAUGAACAAGAUUUUAAUUUAAAAAAAAAAAUCAAGCAAAAAAAAUAUUUUAAUGAUCUACCUUUAUGUUUCAUGUAAUUCAUUUAUUUUCAAUGAUUGUCAAAAUGCAUUUUAAGUGAAAAGAAAAACAACAAAUAUCACAGCAAGAAAAAGUAAUAAUCUUUUUAUUUUAAUUUGUAAUUUAGGUAAUGUAUAAUAAAAUAUGGAUUUCAUAAUUGAUCUUUAAUAAAAAAAAAAUCAAUCAAA